AUCAUCAACCUAAAUCGAGAUCUGCCCCAUCUCUCACUCGAAGAUGUGAAGCGUGAAAUCUUACAAGAAGAUUUCCGCCGUCGCGAAUUGGCGGGUCUUGAUGCAACAACAACAACAAUGGCUACGGGCGUGGGCGCAGUCGAUUUGAUGACGAAUGCCACUUUUGUCACAAGACCGGCCACAUGUGGAGAGAUUGCUUCAGAUUGCCUGAUGGAUGGACCCCUUCUCAAGGCCAAGAGGGCAGAGGAGCAAGGGGAGGAAGAGGCAGAGGUCGUGGAGGCCGUGGUGGCCUUGGAGGCGAAGGGGCAAGCAUGAAAGGUGGAGACUACGACAAGGACUCGAGUGAAGAUCGAUACCCGGGCCAAUUCUUCUUUGUCUCCACGCAAGCGGCAGCUACAGCAGGAGGUGUGGAUGGCUUUGAGGAGCCAGCUACUGUGGGAAAGGUCACCCUUCACUCUCUGGACUUUUGGGUGAUCGAUAGCGGCGCCACCUAUAGCAUGACACCUCGUGCGGACUUGCUCACCGAACUCGAACCGUCGCCGGUGAAGCAUGUUACAUCGGCUUUGGGGCAGCGAGCAGAGGUGAAAGGCAUGGGCAAGGCCAUGUUCAAUGGUGCUGAUGGGAAGAUGGUGGGCCUCAAGAACGUGCUUUGGGUGCCCAACCUAGCAGCCAACCUGAUCUCUGUUCGGCGUUUGCAAAAGGCCGGCGUGGACACAUCUUCCAAGGGCUCCAAAACAUAUACCGCGAGGCUUGGUGAGCAGAAGCUUUGGGACCUUCAUGAGGACAGGGACAUCUACAAUGAGAUGUGGCAAAUCCUAGUGGUCCCCAUGCCUAAGGGGAGGCAAGUGGCAGCAAGCGUCAGCACCAAGAGUGAAGCGGUUGGUGGCGGUGAUCACGGAAAACAAAGUGACACCAAGAGUGACUCAAAGGAGUGCAACCUUGGAGAGACCAGCAAGGCUUGUGAACCCAAGGAGAGUGGUGCAGCAACCAAAAGUGGUGGAAAUGAGGAGGAGAAGCCUUAGAUCAGCAAAGCAGCAGCGGCAAAGGAGAAAGGAGAGAGCUUGUGGGGCACGAUUGCGAGUGCCGCUUUCUCCAACCCGACUUCCGCUACGGGAGAGUGUGAUUGGCUGACCUUGCAUCGACGAAUGGGGCAUGUGGCAUUGCCCAUUUUGCAGCAGAUAGUUCAGCAAGAGAUGGUCAGUGGGAUACGUGUCAAGGGGGAGCCCAAUGAGGUGCUUGGCUGUCCAACAUGCAUGCAAGCCAAGUUCACCUGCUACCCGUUCCAUAGCUCGGAGACAACGGCG